CUCCGUAACGCUCCAAAACCGGCACUUUUGUAUUGGCAGCGACGGAUACCGGCCGACAGCUGCCUUCCAUACAUAUUAAUUGCGUCUCCAUGUGGGAUUAAGCGAGAUCUCCCCAGAUCUGCCCCUGUGUUCCUCGGAGUUAUUAGGGUCACCCGCAGCGCGAAAGAUGAACGGGCGCCUAGGCUGUUCCACCAUCGUGUAUGCUUAUGCUAAAGAACGAACGCCAGUGUUACAUGUCGAUGUUGGUCCUGACAUCUUCAGUCGGAAGCGGCUUAUUGUUGACAAGGCUGGGAAAGGACGGCGUCCAGGCGCCCUUUGGCUUGCUAGUUGCGGACCGAGAUGGCUUAUUAGCAGCCUGCCGGCUAUCAGAUGGCUCCACGGGCUGAACAGCGGCCGCAUUCUCAGAGGCUUUUCCCUUCGCUGUCGGAGCGGCAUCGCUCGCAGCGCCAGCAGACGCGGCGCGAGGGACGACCAGUGCACGGACACGGCAGCCGCAUGGAGCACGUUGACGUAGCCCCGUGCUAGUAGCAGGCACGCUCUUGAGGUACAUAGUGCAGCUAGUUCCGGAGUCAACUUUUGGUAAGAUGAGUGGAUGGUGCUGUACACAAGUGUAUGUAAAAACAAGCACUUUACCUACCAUACAGGAUUGUGAGGGCAACAGAGGUUGUGAUGGCCUUUGCUUGGCGAUCGGCCAUCGGCGAUUGCUGUACGUCACAUCCCGAGUAAGCGCCAAAUUAAUUCACUGAUAAAUUGGUAAACAAUAACAGCUGCCAUUAAAGAUGAUACACGUGUGGCCAGAUGGUAUUGGCUUUAUCUGACUCAGCAAAGAGGUAGUUGGAUAUCCAGUCGCUUAUUUUUUCGCAGACUAGCACAACAAGAGCUCAACUUCCUAAAUGUAUACACACACUACUAUGAACACCUGUGCGGAACAACGGAGCAUGGGGGUAGCCAGCACAUCGAGGCCCACCGUGCCGCUGAUGCCAUGCCGAGGACCCUGCUUUCGAGGACAGGCAAAGCCUAUACGCGGACGCUUAGCACAUGCUUCGCAGCUAAGCCAGGAGACCCUUUUGGCCUCCGGGCGAACGGGAACAAACGCUGGGAGCGGGGCUCUGGGUAGGCUUGCGCAGCAUGAAACAAGUCGACGAAUACCGGAUGAGGAAUCGGCUCUUCCCCUCUAUGCUUGCCUUGAUGGCGAUAUUCUGACCCCCGCCAACAAGUUUGCAUACUACGAGGCGCUGCGCUCGGGUCUGAAGGCUCUUCGCGCGCUGGGCAUCAACGGCAUCAGCGUGGACGUGUACUGGGGCAUCGUGGAGGGGCAGCGGCCGGGCGAGUACGACUGGUCGGCCUACAAGCAGCUGUUUGCGCUCAUACGGGACGAGGGCUUCAUGGCGCAGGUGUGUCUGUGCUUCCACGGCAGCGAUGCGGUCCCGCUGCCCGCCUGGGUGGUUGCCGCGGGGCGAGCCAACCCGGACAUCUUCUACAGCGACCGGGCGGGGGGCAGGUGCUGCGAAUACGUGUCGCUGGGGGCGGAUGAGGUCCCCGUGCUGUGCGGCCGCACUCCGCUGGGCUGCUACCGCGACCUGAUGCUGUCCUUCCGGCGGGAGCUGGGGGAGCUGGUGGGGGACGUGAUCGUGGACGUGACUGUGGGUCUGGGUCCCGACGGCGAGCUCAAGUACCCGGCACACCCGCGGGACAAGCGCUGGACCUUCCCCGGGGUGGGCGAGUUCCAGUGCUACGACAAGUACAUGCUCUCCGUGCUGCGCGCCUGCGCCCUGCAAGUGGACCAGCCCUCCUGGGGCCUGGGCGGGCCGCACGACGCCGGCUCCUACUGUGUGUGGCCCUCGCAGACCGGCUUCUUCCAUCACCAGCGGGGCAACUGGGGCUCGCCGUACGGCAGGUUCUUCCUGCAGUGGUACGGAGACAUGCUCGUACAGCAUGCGGAUGCCGUACUGGGUACGGCACGGGAGGUGCUGGUGGAUGGAUGUGGAGCAGGAAGAGGUGGAGGUGGAGGUGGUGGAAGAGGGGUGGGGGGUGCGAGUGCUGCUGCCGGGUGGUUGUCGUCUUCGACUUCUGCGUACUACUCCAUUUGCGGUGCUAGCAACGGCAGCAGUAGCAGCAGCUAUGGAUGCGGCAGCAGUAGCAGCAGCGGCUUCAUGAGCCUAAGCAGUAGCAUGAGCAAUAGCAGCAGCUACGGCGGUAGCAAUGGAGUCCUUGCCGGCAAUGGCAAUAGCAGAGCCUCCACGGGGACCGUCCCAUGGGUCGCUCCAGGCCUCCCGGCCAUGACAGCCCCAUCAACACCUGCCUCUGCAGCUGCAUGGGCUGCCUGGCAGGGUCCUCCUCCCACGACUGGUUCCCCACCCUCCGCUACCUCUCCUUGGGGCUCCCUCUACCCCCCUCCCUCCUUCUCCCCCUCCUCCGCCUCUCCGCUGCUGUCCCCCGCCCCGCCCUCGCCCUCCGCCCCCGUGCGGCUGCACGCCAAGCUGCCGGGGCUGUACUGGUGGUACAACACCGCCUCGCAUGCGCCCGAGCUGACAGCUGGGUACUACAACACGGCUAAUCGGGACGGAUACCUGCCCGUUAUGCAGGUCCUUGCUCGUCACGGUGUGAGCGCCCGGCUGCGGAGUGCGGAGCUGCGCAGCAGUGAGCUGGCGCCGCAGGCCUGCUGCGACCCCGAGCGCCUCAUCGCGGCCCAGCGCACCGCCGCCGCCGCGCUGCACGUGCCGGUGGGGCUUGAGAACGGCAGUGAGCGCUUCGACGACGGCGCGCUGGGGCGGCUGGAGAGCGCGCUGUUCGACACCAGCACGCAGCAAGGCAUCGAGCUGCCGCAGGUGCAGUCGCUGGUGUUCAGCCGCAUGUGCGACUCCAUGUUCGAGCCCGCCAACUGGGGCCGCUUCAAGGACUUUGUGCGGCGGGUGCGCAACCGCGCGGACACCCUGGUGGUGCCGCCCUGCAGGGGCCGGCAGCAGGUGCGGCAGCAGCAGCAGGCACUGCUACUGCAGCAACAGCAGCAGGCGGCUGCGGCUGCGGCGCGACAGCAGCAGCAGCAGAACCAGUAAUAGCAGUGAUGAGGCUGAGGCGGUGGUCGCAUUGAGCACCGUUGGCAGCUGCUGCAGCGUGACGUGCGGUGCGGGAAGUGGCGCAGGAGAGCAGGAAAGAACAAGCCAAGGACUUUUUCGUAACGGCAACUUCAACGUUGCGUCCGAACACAACGGGCUCUGCGAACCCAAUUUUGCUGAUGGUGCUUGGCAAUCGUGGGCAUAUGUGCUAAUGCCAUGCUAGACCGGCUCCGAUUGAGAGCUGCGCUGGCUGGAUAAAUGGUGUAGGAUACGCCUACAGGCGACGAGUCCAUGGAUGGGGCUGCUGCCUUUGCCAUGUUAACUGCUGUGUGGGAUGAAAGACGGUUGGGCGGGUCAGGCUGGGUGGUGACAGUAUCCUAAGCUGUUGAGCUCCGUGGCGCUGUUUGUAUCGUGUUCCUUAAACCCUAGUUAAGAGCCGCGUGUGCAGAGCGGUGGUGAUGGAGAUGGUGGUGGGUUGCAAGAGGUAGCGGGUGUGAUGGUGCUAGGAGGCAUGCUCUGCGUGCUGGUAAUGAAGUCGCUAUCCUCACUCAUUUCACAGGGGCAAUGAUACUUGGCUUUGUGCAUCUGGGCUGGUAGGAAGUCCGGAUCCAGAUCAAGAGUAUUGGCGGCUGCGUUUGCUACUCUGGCAGCAGUGUUAUUCAUGUCGUACGCUGGGGUGUCCGUACGAACGUACUGGGUCGUGAAUCCCAAGACACACAUCGCCGCACACCCAUUUUGUCAAGGCGGUUUACGCAGUGUGGUGUGGUGUUUCACGUUUCGAUCUUUUUCCUCGUCCUUGGUUAAACCUUACGUGUCGUUUCGUCACUUCUUACCCUUCCUCCUUCCUUUCAUAUACAAAGGAAGAGUCAUAGAGAACCCUAGAACACGUGCGUGUAUGCAUGCCGCGUAUCUUAUCAGCCUGCUUUGCUGUCGGCCUCCGUACACCGAAAUCCAGACCGAGUACGAAUUGUCCCCUUAGGCAGCAGCAGGAUUUAUACUAAUUUGGGCAUGUUUUGUGUGGUGUGUUUCCGGCUGGAGUGUGCUGCGCUUCCCGCGUAGAAAUGGUGAAAGGCGUUACGUGGGGGUUUUGUCGUGGUGUCCUGGGGCGGUCCUGAAUGCGUGAAUCCCAAUGAUUGGCCGCAACGGGAUGGGGUCAGCCCCCUUACUGGGAACUGCAGGGGGUUCCCUUGGCUCCCGGGGGCGAUGUGACAUGUGAGAGGGCUUUUGGUGCCGCGCCGUACAGUGUCACGGACUCAUGUGCUGGAGUAGCGGGGACUUGGAGCAGGAUGACGGCGGAAAGCACGUAGACCGUGUUUGUGCAACCAUGAACAAAUGCCCCUUCCUGCGCACUGCCAAGUAUUUGAACGAUUGUGUCGCAUGUUUUGUUUGUGGGUAUUAGCGAUCUGCAGAGCCGCGGGAUAAACUGAUGACACUGACUUGAAGCGGCGGUCGUGAAGUGGGUGGGCUGGGUGGGGCAUAACUUGCGAAUGAUGUUUCGCAUCUUCCAGUGCAUGCAUGACCGAGUGCUAUCCGAGGCAAUGUGUCCUUAUACAAUAUUGUGUGGGUGUGCUUGCGUGCACUCAUGCUGGGUUCAUGCGUGUAGGGCGUGUCGUAUGGGAAGUACCCUUGCUUCGCGGAUCCUUGAUCCAUACAUGCCUGGGAGCUUGGCUUACAUGCAUGCUUUUAGCCGCUGUGUGGCGUUAUGCACAUGGGCUCCAAGUCUUAAUAUACUGAAGACAACAAUGUUACAGCAAUGCGUCUUGUAAAUGCAAACCUACUUGGAUACCAAACACCUGACUGAAAAUGGCAAUUGUACGUGGCAGGUGAUUGCC